AUGGAGGCUUGGUGCCAUGGGAUCCCGAUCCCGCCCUCCGAACUCAGCCGGAAUGAUGCCGGGCCGCGGCUUCAUGGGGUCGCUGUGCCGUUUUGUUGCAUAUGCAUCCCCAAGUUCCCUCUAAAAACGGCAAGUCGUGAGACGUCUCAGGAGCAGCAAUUAACCUGGGUAGGUCGCUCGGCAGGAAGCAGCCUCAGAUGUUCAGGUGCUCAGAUGCUCAGGUGCUCAGGUACCAGUGAAGAAGACACCAGCGAGCUUGCUCAGAAUGUCUGUCCGAUUUCUCCACGCAAAUGGGGCGGCGACGUCGACGAUGGGAAAGUUGAUCGGGCUCCGGGCUGCAACUCUGAUCACCCGACGGGUCGUCAGAGCUAG